AAGUUUUCUCGAGAGCAUGGGCUUGUUUCGUAAUUACCAUUCUACCCCUGUUUUUCACUUUAUUUUCCUUAAGUGAGCUCAACACUCCUCUCGUCUCCAUCACGAGUCUCACUCUCUGAAACCCUUGCGAUCGAUUUCUUCUUUUGGAGAUGAGCUUCUCGAGACGAUUCGAUCUGUUCGAGUCCCACACCCGCGGUACGAAGCCCUCUUUUCUCUUCCCCUCUCCGCUGGAGAUGGUGGAAGUGGAGUGGGAUGAGCAGGUAGGCUUUGCCCUCGACGUGCUGAGCCCGAGCCUCAGUUCUAAGUCCAGCUUCUUCGACCUAUCGCCCGUCCAUUCGUGCUUCUUCGACACGUGGGCCUCGGAUCUGGCCUCGAUAUCGUUUCAUCCUUUUGCCGCCGCUGUUCGCCGUGCGGAGACUGAGAUCCAGCUGCAGAGCCUGAGCAACCGCAUCGCCGCACUGGAGGUGGGGUUUGAUCGUGCGAUUGGGGCGAAGACCGAAGCGAGGGACCGGAAGUUUAAGUGGACGGCGGAGAUAAAGGGGCAGAAGGAGGGGGAGUUGGAUCGAAAGUAUAGGUUAGUGGCGGAAGCAAAAACAGGCGGGGAGAGGAGCGUGAAGUGGACGACGGAUGUGAAAGGGAAGGGUAGCUACACGUUUGAGGCGUCAACAGCGCCUGCCGCUGCUGCUAGGUCAAAGAAAGAGAAUGAGAAGGACAAGAAGGGGGAGAAGAUAAAGAAGAAGGGGACAGAGUCGUCUGCAAGACUGGUGGUGAUCGACGAGGAGCCGAACCCUGGAGAGAUCGUUAUCAGGAAGGCCUUUGCCAAGAAAGCUCUUGUUAGUCACAAGGGUAAGAGGAAGGAAUUGUCACCUCAAGAUGCUGCAGUGUUAAUUCAGGUGAACUUUAGAGCUUAUCUGGUCAGGCGUUCUCAGGUUAUUCGUGGUCUUCGAGAAUUGGCUGUUGCCAAAGCAAAGCUGAAGGAGAUCAGAUCCCUAUUCAAUAAUUUUUCUUAUCGACGGCGCAUAGCGAGGGACACAGAGGAACAACAGAGAUUUACUGAAAAAAUCAUUGUCCUCCUCCUAACGGUUGAAGCCAUUCAGGGACCUGAUUACAUGAUGCGGGCUGCAAAGAAGUCCAUUAUUGAUGAACUAGAGAUAAUGCUCGAGGUUGUGGACCCGCAGCCGGCGACCGGGAAGCUCGGUUCGCUUCGUCGGAGGAAGUUCGACCUGCCGGAUGGCGUCUUAAUUCCGAGGGAGAUAGCAAGGAAUGUGGCUCAGGUGGUGGAUUUGAUUGAUGAGCAUGGAGAAGAUGGAGCCUCUGCUUGAUUAACUAUGCAGCUUAGGAAUUUUCUGGAGUUGGAUGUGUAAGGUGAGUUUUUAGUUAAGGCUUUUAUGGUGGAAUUCUAAGUUAGUCUAAUUGAUCAAAAAGACUAUAUUUUGUUUCCUUUUAUUGUUUGAAACCUGUAGACUACUUUUUAAUUUUGAACUGAUCAUUUCCUUUAAAUGCUAGAAAAUUUGUUUUGCAUGUCUAA